AUGACAAAUAGGACCUUUAAAGCUGAAAUUGAAAUUACUGGUUAUGCAGGUGCAGUUAUUGGUCGUCGCGGUUUAACAGUUCAAUGUAUACAAUCUGAAUCUGAUGCAAAAAUUGAAAUUGUAACGCAACCAGAUUCUAUUUGUCAAAUUGCUCAAAUUCAAGCCGAGACUGAACAUUCAUUGAAUAUUGCAAUCAGCAAAAUAAAUAAGAUACUCUAUGAACAGCAGCGACAGCCACCAGAGUUAAAUUCUUUGCAAAAAUACAAAAAUCAUCCAAAUGAACCUUGUGACUGGAAAUCGCCUGGAUCCAAUCGCCCGUCUUUUUCUGCGGCGUCCGGACAUCGUCAUCCCGUACAGAAGUGCCACUUUGCCCACACCUUUUUUGGCCUUGGUCACCCGUCCGAGGCCGAAAACGGACCCCACUUUUUAGCCGUCUUUUGUUUACCUACAAAAUAUCACUGA